AUGGGGAAUAGUAGCUCACUGAUGUUACAAGAAGAUGAAAUUCAAGUGAUUUCAGCAGAGACUGGGUUUUUACUGAGCUCGUUUGUUUCAGUUUCACGAAAUCAAAUUGUUCGACUGUACAGUCGAUUUUUGUCACUCGAUAAACAAGGUCGCGGAUACUUGGAUCGUGAUGAUUUCUUACGGAUUCCCGAACUUGCAAUCAAUCCACUUGGUGAUCGCAUUGUUGAUGCGUUUUUUACUGAAACGUAA